GUGGCAGCGAGGCGACGCGUGCCGAACGCGUAUUGUUUUCCAAAUUCUUUGUUACUUGGGUGUCUCUUUAUAGACUAGAUUAAGCGGCAAAGGAAUCUUAUCAGUGCCUUAUCAACGAACCGGACUGACUAUAAGAUAGCUACCGGCUGCCUGCAACCCAUUCAGUUACCAUUUGUACUUGGACUUCAACGGAGCUAGUCAUGACACAAAGCCGGUUGAUCGGUUGCAGCUUGGGCGGCCUUCUGGUCGCUCUCUUGGCCCUUCAGUCGAUGCCGCAGGGCACCGAAGGAUCCAACAUCCUGGGCGUCUUCACCAGCCACAGUCCGUCGCACUUCAUCGUGCACAUGUCCAUCAUGAAGGCGCUGGCCGAGAAGGGUCACAACAUCACGGUUGUCUCCUCCAUGUCGCCCAAAGUGACCCACAAGAGCAUCAAGCACAUUGUCAUUCCCAUGAGUGCCGAGGAUGAGAAGAUCCUCAACGAAGGCAUGACCGGAAUGGUCAAGGAGAAGCCAUCCAUUUGGACCACCAUGAAGUCGAUCUUCAGUUCGCUGUCCCUGCUCAUCGACAAACAGGUCGAUGUGCUGGAGGAUAAGCGUUUCCAGGAGCUCUACCUCAACAAGGGCAACAAAUUCGACGUGGUCUUCGUGGGAUUCUUCUUCAACACCUAUCAGGUGGCUCUGGGUGCCCGGUUUAAUUGCCCCGUGAUUGCUUCCUGGCCAGGUCCACCCAUGAUCAUGGUCAACGAGGUUCUGGGCAAUCCGGAGCUUCUAAGCGUUCCCCAAAGUCAUAUUUCCGUGGCCCCUGGAAAAGCGAUGGAUUUCAAGCAGCGAGUUCAGAACUUCGUUGGAACUCUUGGCUUUAAUGCACUUGGACUUUUCCUUCAUCACAAAUACAAUAGGUUUUAUGAUCGGCUCUGGGGCAAAGAUAAGUCUAUGCCCAGUUUUGAGGAGGCACAGAGGAAUGUUUCGCUGGCUUUUUGCAAUGGUCACGGCAUCAGCGAAGGUCCCAUUCGUCCGAAUGUGCCUGGCAUCAUCGAAAUCGGAGGCAUUCAGGUCAAGGGCAAGGCAGAUCCUCUGCCCGAGGACAUCAAGGAGUUCCUGGACAAGGGCAAGCAUGGUGCCAUUCUCUUCAGUUUGGGUUCCAACUUGAAAGGCGAACACAUCCAGCCCGAAGUAGUGGAAACUAUUUUCAAGGGCUUGAGCAGCGUUAAACAGCAAGUGAUUUGGAAGUGGGACGAUCUCAAGAAUAUACCCGGCAAAUCGGAGAAUAUUCUCUACAAAAAGUGGCUGCCACAGGACGAUAUCCUGGCCCAUCCGAAGAUCAAGCUUUUCAUCACUCAUGCAGGAAAAGGUGGAGUGGCUGAGGCCCAAUAUCAUGGAGUUCCAAUGUUGGCUCUGCCAGUUUUUGCCGAUCAACCCGGAAAUGCCGACAAAUUGGUGGAAAGUGGAUAUGGCCUGCAAUUGGCUUUAACCUCCCUCGAAGUGGAUGAGUUCAAGGCGGCCAUCAAGGAGAUCAUCGAGAACCCCAAGUUUGCCCAGAAGCUUAAAGCAUUCUCGAAACUCUAUCGCGAUCGUCCUAUGACUGCCCAGGAAUCGGUUGUUUACUGGACGGAGUACGUGAUCCGUCAUCAUGGUGCUGCCCACAUGCAGAGUCCUUUGGUCCACAUGAACUUCAUCGCCAGCAAUAAUCUGGAUGUCUAUGUUAUUGGUGCUUUGGUGCUCUACAUUAUUUUCAUCAUUAACAAGAUUGUGUGGAAGUUUGUGUGGCGGAAACUGUUUUCCAAAUCGAACACACCUGCUCAAAAGAAGAAGGUGAAGAAGCAGUAGAUAUUAAUACUCAGUAACGACUUACAAAUAUUCAAAAGACGAGAUAUAACAAAAUAAAUUUAUAAGAUAAAAAAAA